AUGGCUUGGUUUAGUGGGAAGGUCUCGUUAGGGAACUUCCCGGAUUUAGCUGGAGCAGUUAACAAGCUCAGUGAGAGCGUUAAGAACAUUGAAAAGAAUUUUGACAGUGCCCUUGGAUUUGAAGACAAGGCUGGUGGUGGUCCUAGCUCCACUUCCUCUACUGAAGCUUCAGGGUUAUGGCCUUCCGAUUUGAUGGCGUUUAUGGGACAGAAAGGUGAGGAUGGAACUGCUGAGUCUAUGGAAGUACUUCAAACUUCUAGUCCUCAGCAUUCAUCCUCUUCUAAAGAAAAGGAAGGGACUGAGGCUGGUAAUUCAGCUGAUUCUAUCAACAAACAUUACCAGUAUGUUAGAGAAGAGAAUGCAGAAUCUUUAAAGCCUGAAGAGCAUGAAGAUCUCCAUGAGGGAACAAACAUUGAAGCCUUGAAGGAGGCUAAUAUCACUGCCGAAAAAUCUGUGGAAACAAAUAUUGAUAUGCAUGAGCAUGCAGAUGUUUCUGACAAACCCCUGGAAACCAAUAUUUCAACUCCUGAGGAUGCAGAAAACAUUGGUGAAAAAUCUGCAGCAACAAAUAUUACAAUAUCUGAUGAUCCACAACCAGGGUCAAUACAGAAUCAUGUUCUCAGCAGGGAUAGCUCAGAAGCUGAACCUUUAGAAAAGUGUGAAUCAAUACAAGAUGAGUCAACAAGUUUCUCAGACCAGGUUGUAAUGGCCUCUGAACUAAAUGAAGUGCACCAAGCUCCUGAUUUACAAAAAGAUGAUGAUGGACCAAAGACAGAGUCAGCAGAUACUUCACAAGAAGUUUCUGCAGUUGAAGUGGUGAAACCUUUAUAUGAUGGCCAAACUGGAUCUGAAACACUUGAGACGACUGAAGUUGCUGAAGAAGGCCAACUGCAUUCAUUACAAAGUUCAGAUGAUGUUGCUGCUGUGAUGGUUCCUGAAGUAGUUUCAGAGAAAGACAAAGAAAAUGCUGACAUUCAUAUAAAGGAACAGCAUCCGAUUUCAGAAAGCAAUUCAUCUAGCAAUGCAGAUUCUAAGGUAGAACUGGAGAAGGUGACUAGAGAGAUGAAAAUGAUGGAGACUGCACUCCUAGGAGCUGCUCGACAAGCUCAGGCAAAAGCUGAUGAAAUUGCAAGGCUAUUGAACGAGAAUGAGCAACUGAAGUCUAUAAUUGAGGAUCAGAAGAGAAAACCAAAUGAAGCAGAUAUUGAGUCUCUACGAGAAGAGUAUCAUCAAAGGGUCUCAACUCUUGAAAGAAAGGUUUAUGCUCUCACAAAGGAAAGGGAUACAUUACGUAGAGAGCAAAAUAAGAAAAGUGAUGCUGCUGCUCUUCUGAAAGAAAAAGAUGAAAUAAUCACCCAAAUUAUGGCAGAAGGGGAAGGGCUUUCAAAGAAACAAGCUGCUCAAGAAUCUCAAAUUAGGAAACUUCGGGCACAGAUCAGGGAGUUUGAAGAAGAGAAGAAAGGAUUGAUGGCCAGGCUACAGGUUGAAGAGAAUAAGGUAGAGAGUAUAAAGAGGGAUAAAGCAGCCACAGAGAAAUUACUACAAGAAACAAUAGAAAAAAGCCAGGCUGAACUUGCAACACAAAAAGAAUACUAUACAAAUGCAUUAAAUGCAGCCAAAGAAGCUGAAGCAUUAGCAGAAGCACAAGCUAACACUGAAGCCAGAACUGAAUUAGAGACCCGUUUAAGGGAGGCUCAAGAACGUGAAGUUAUGCUAGUUCAAACUCUAGAAGAGUUAAGGCAAACUUUAAGCAGAUCGGAACAGCAGGCGGUUUUUAGAGAAGACAUGCUUAGGAGAGACAUUGAGGACCUUCAAAAACGAUACCAAGAAAGUGAGCGUAGAUGUGAAGAGUUGGUCAUGCAAGUUCCUGAUUCCACUAGACCUCUUUUGAGGCAAAUAGAAGCCAUACAGGAAGCAACAGCUAGAAGAGCAGAAGCUUGGACAGCUGUCGAGAGAUCACUGAACUCACGCCUUCAGGAAGCGGAGGCCAAAUCUGCAGCUGCAGAGGAAAGGGAGCGUUCUGUAAACGAACGCCUGUCCCAAACAUUAUCUCGUGUAAAUGUUCUUGAAGCUCAGAUUUCAUGUUUAAGAAGUGAGCAAACGCAACUUACUAGGUCACUUGAGAAGGAAAGACAGAAAGCAGCAGAAAGUCGACAGGUGUACUUAGCACUAAAAGAGGAGGCAGAUACUCAUGAAGAUCAUGUGAAUCAACUUGAAGAAGAGAUAAGGGAACUCAAGAGAAAGCACAAGCAAGAGCUCCAAGAAGCAUUGACCCACCAUGAACUUCUUCAGCAGGAUAUAGAACGCGAAAAAGCUGCACGUUUGGAAUUAGAAACAACAGCUCGCCUUCAGUCUUCUAUUGUUCCUGAACAAAGUCCAAUAGCCAGAACUAAAUCUUCCUAUGAAAAUGGAUUAAGUCGCAGACUUUCAAAUGCUAGCAGUUUAGGCAGCAUGGAGGAAAGUUUUUAUCUUCAGGCAUCUUUGGACUCGUCUGAUUCUUUAUCUGAAAGGAGAAAUCCUAUAGAGCCUACCAUGAGCUCUUAUUAUUUAAAGAGUGUGACACCAAAUGCUUUUGAAGCUGCCCUACGUCAUAAGGAGGGUGAACUUGCAUCUUAUAUGUCAAGAUUGGCAUCCAUGGAAUCCAUUCGUGACUCUCUUGCUGAGGAGUUGGUUAAAUUGACAGAGGAGUGUGAAAAAUUAAGGUCAGAAGUGUCUGUGCUGCCUGGCUUAAAAGCAGAACUAGAAGCAUUAAGACGAAGGCACUCUGCUGCACUAGAGUUGAUGGGUGAAAGAGACGAGGAGCUUGAAGAGCUUCGUGCUGAUAUUGUGGACUUGAAGGAGAUGUACAGAGAACAAGUAAACAUGCUUGUAAAUAAGAUUGCUGCUUCAUAGGGAGGUCACUUCUCGGGGUAGUUUCUUCCAUAUGAAUUUCAAUCUAUGGUACAUGAUGUAGUAUAUGAUGGAUGGGUAAAAUACAUUAUAACAUCAAGAUUCUUUUUUUUAUUAUUUUCUCAUAUGUUUAUUUUUCGUCUUGCAUUGCUAUUCUUAAUGCAUACAUGUAUAAAUACCUGAAAGAUUUGGCUUCUGUAUCUCCGUGUGCACAAUGGUGUCUUUUUAUUGUAUUGUGAGGUGAGUUUGAGAGAAAUUUGUUACUAAGUUUGACACGGAUGUCUUGUUUAUUUUGUAACUUUUGUUUCUAGAAUUGAUUUAACUAUGAGAAC